UCCCAUCAACUCCUCGUGGGCUUCACCCACACAGUGCGCACUUCCCCUGCACAACUGCCUGCACAGUGCACACUGCACUCACACUUGCACACAAAAACAAAAAAGGUCCCUGGCUACCUGCGUCUCCUCCCACGCACAGGGCCUGCACCUCGCCUUCUCACACCAGCCAACUCACGUCCCCGGGUAUCUUGGACAGACGCGUUCUACCUUCAGGACCCAACACACUCUUUUACCGCAAACCUUCGCGGACCGACACUCUUUUACUACCUUGCCUUCAGGUCAGUUGACACAGACCAGGACCUCUUCUUGACAGUCUCUAUCAUUGCGCAACGUGUGACAACUCGGGAAGUUCUCACAUCUUCAGUAUGUCUGUCAAGGCCGAGUCCAUCAGCAACAGAACGCGGACGCCAGCGCGGAAGCUGCUUCUGUCGCCUAUAGACCUGACGCCGCCCUCGUCUACCAAGAAGCGCGCACUGGGUGAUUUGAGCAUCAACAUCCCUCCGCGGCCGCACUCUGUCCAUGACUUUACCACGCCAGAGCACCCGAAUCAAAACAAAAAGCACCGAAAAAUCGAUGGACAGCGCUCGGCACCGCUCUCUGCUGAGCCUUUCCAGUCAACAACAAAACGCGUCUCGGCGGAUGAGGAUGCCGUAUGGGGUCCAGAAGUUGAGGCCGCAUUCAUGGAUGCACUUCGCAGAAUGCCUAAAUUAGGUCGCCGGAAGGUAGAAAUUCACGGCAAACCAUGUGGGCGCAACGAGUUGAUUGCUGAGUACAUCUUUCGGCGUACUGGCAAAACGCGAACAAGGAAGCAAGUCUCUUCACACAUUCAGGUCCUCAAGCAUCUUCGACGCGACGAUGCACUCUUCGUAGCGCUGGUCGCUGACAUCCCAGGGGCGGGGGAGGACCCGACUGCAGAGUAUGACGUGGAGAAGCUGCUGUCAUUGUCUCCCACGACCACCAUUCCUACGCCUUUUUCUGCUAAACCACUACUCAGUGCGCGAUUGGACCAGACGUCUCCAUUGUGCCAGGUGACUCGCGCACGCACGCCUGUCUUUGCACAGGACAAUGUCAAAGUGGUUCGCGUCGAGGACUUUUGCAUCUGGGCAACGUGCAAGAAGCCCGAGGAUAAACAUGCCGAGACCUUUGCCGUUUACACAAAGCUACAGCAACCUGUGCGGAUAGGUGUGUCGCCAUUGGAGGAGCUCUUCAAUUGGCCGUCCCGCUUUCCUACACUCUCUCAGAUGCUCGAAGAGCCAAGCGGUGCACAGUCGCCAAUUUUCAGGAUGCGUGCUGGUUUGUUAUUGCCUAGAUCACUUGAUUUGGCAGGCGAAGCGCAAGUUGUACUGAGGACCCAUCUUGCCCUUGCAGCGCAGCUGUCUGAUGCGCGUGAAGAAUGGACUUGCACGACGCGUGUCUAUUCAAUGGGCAACAGGGUGCUUGAACUUAAACAGCGCGUCACAAUGGAUAUGGAGGAAGCCCGCGAUGAUGUGUCUGGCCUGAUGAGACGACAAGUCCACGCCAGAGCUUCUGUUCCGUUUGCGACUGAUUUUUGGGCAGCGUUCCUCUCUGGCUUGUCUUGCACCGGUAUCAGGGAAGAUGACGAGGAUGAGCGAGCACGCAAAUUUGAGCGUGAUGCUGAGAUUGCUAUUGCUGGUGUGACCAUGACACAGCAAAUUGGUACCAUCGAGACAGCGCUCGAGCCUAGUCGUCCAAUUUGUUUGCUCUUGUGGGAGUUUGACUUGAGUACUGGAUCGCGUCCUGGAGAAACAACUGUGACACGCAUUGCCGUACCAAAGAAAGCGACGCAACCCAUUCGUCCAGCACUCAUGGUUAGAUCUGCCUCCAUGUCAAACACCAUUCCACGCGUCAAGCCUGUCAGGCCACGCAUGCUACCUGCAGGGGCGCAUCUACAGCGCAGCUUCAGCUUAGCCUCUGUCCCAUCGCAACCCGCAAAACCGCGUGAGACGGAGUUUAUUGCCUACCAUGGUCCACCGGAUGCUGUCCGCCCUCGCUAUUUACCCACUACAUCGCAACCGCGCAUACAAGCGCAGGCAUAUCAUCAACCACACCGAGCACCGCCGCCUGCCAGGUUGCAAAAAGCGCAGCAGCUGCCAAGUGCGCCUCCGCAUCAAGUGGUGAGUCAACUCGAGUACUAUGCUGGCCAUUAUGAUGAGAUGCCUCUGAGCAGUCCUGCGAAUCUAACCUAUAACCCCAUGUCGCAGUAUGCGUCGACACAACCGCCUAUGCAUCUUGUUGCUGGUGCGCCUGGUGCUGUGGUCAAUGGCGGCGCACCGCCCAUGAGCCGUUCGUUCAGCGCACCAACUUGGCACCCGAGUCCUGUUGGUUCCAACGUGGAGACUUGGGAUGGCAAUUUUAUUGACUGGACGUUGCCUGAAUCAGCUGGCUACCUACAGACUGACUUUCAAAUUGCUAGCGACGAUUGUUUCGGCACAGUCUCCACUGCGAUGACUACGCCACAGCUUUGUCCGCCAGAGAUCCCUUCAUCUGUCGCACCGGAUGUAUUUUUGGUGAAGCCAAGGCCUGCACCGCCAUCACGGACAGCGUCUGCUACACCGGCUUCGCUGAGCCUCUCUGCACCUGUGGCGGACUACGACGAUGGCAUGCCACGUCUUGGCUUCUUUCCUUUACAGCACUAGGGUAUCUUGUCCUUUUCUCCUUCUGCUUUCCUUUCGCUCGAGGCUCUUGCUUUCCAUAUCUCUCAUCUGCUAGUUGUAGUCUCCA